AUGGGCUUCACGACCUUCCUCGGCCCCUCUACCGAUAAACUACAAUCCUCUCGCCCCAAGCCAUCUUCCUCCUCAUCUGCGCCUACCGACAACACCCCUGAGGCUUCUCCGGCGCAGACCCCCGAUUCCAUAACCCGCCAUCAUGGAUACAUUUACGAUGAGACGCACUUACGCAGUCUACCUGCCGACUGCCCCGAUUUACGCGAGCUAAACAAUAGUCUCGAGGCUCUCGCCGCCAUAUUUCCCGAUGUCCAGAUCCAGGUUUUCCGCGAGAUGCUGACCAACUUCGACGAGGAGUCCAGACUCGCCGUUGUCGCCGACGCUCUCCUGAAAAACCGCGUCGCUUGGGUAAAGGGCCGCUGGAGAGUCGCCGAUAAUCAACUGACGGAACCCACGCCACGGGAACCAGUGACGGGAGACCACUACCAACCCCUCAUCCCUCGCGUCGAGACCUUCCGAAGUUCCGAGUACAAGCAGGCCGUUCAGGCGUUGGCAUGGCACGAAUUCAAGGGCCUAUCGCGAUCUACCAUCAACGCAGUUCUAGCAGAAUCCAAUUACUCCUACCUCGAUGCCCGGAAGACGCUCGUAUCCCUUUCCUCCAAGUCAUGGCGCUUCACCAUAUCUUCGCUCUUCCUUCGCCGUAAACCCGUCGCUACGGGCGAGGCUGAAAAUCAUCCCCUGGUGGUUUGGAAGUCGACUGGCCAAGGCGCCAUUGUUCCGACUCUGAAGGCUACAGGCAACACCGAGCUGGACUGUGAACUGUACCGCGACCUGAUUCAACCUCUGAAAGAGCGGGCUAGGCAAACCCAGGAGGACAAGGACCGAGGUUUGGCCAUCUUGCUGAACAACGAACAGGCCGAGGAGGCUGACGCGCUGUACGAGUGCGCUUGCUGCUUCACUGAAUCCACCUUCGAAGAGUUCACAACCUGCAACGCCGACGGCCACAUGCUGUGCUUCCGCUGCGUCCAGCAUUCCGUCACGGAAGCCGUUUUUGGUCAAGGGUGGCAUAGCAGCAUCGACACGGACUCCGGCACCCUCAAGUGCCUGGCAGUCGAAGGGGAUGGAUGUCCCGGCCAUAUCCCUCACGAUCACCUGCACCGCGCCAUGUUGGAGGAGAGAAAAGGCGCCGAGAUCCUCCACAAGCUCGAUCAACGCUUGGCAGAGAACAGUCUGCUGGCCGCCAACCUCCCGCUGAUCCGUUGUCCGUUCUGCGAAUAUGCCGAAGUAGACGACAUCUAUCUACCCGCCCACGAAACCCAACUACGCGUCAGACUCGACAGCAUUCUCAGCCUACUACUCAUCAUUGUUUGCAUUGUCACGGUGCCCUUCCUCCUCCCCGUGGUGCUUCUAUCAUCGUGCUUGUGUCUUUUGCUCAGCACAAAGCAGACAAUCGGUGAUCACCUCAUGAUGCAAUGGAAAAUGGCUCUUGGUCGUCAUCGACGACGUCGUCGUGGUCUCAAGUUCACCUGCCAGAACCCAGAUUGCAAGAAAGCAUCGUGUCUGUGCUGCUCCAAGUCUUGGACCGACAUCCACGUAUGCAACGAGUCCUCCCUGGUCGCGCUGCGUACGCAAGUUGAGCAGGCCAUGAGCAUGGCCAUCAAACGCGUAUGCCCGCGAUGCCACACGUCCUUCGUCAAGAACUCGGGCUGCAACAAGUUGACGUGUCCUUGCGGGUACAAGAUGUGUUACGUAUGCCGCAAAGACAUCGGCGGCGCGAACGGGGAGGGCGAAGGGUACCGGCAUUUCUGCGACCAUUUCAGGCCGGACGGCGACCCGCGGCCGUGCACCGAGUGUACCAAAUGCAAUCUUUGGGAGAGCGAGGACACGGACCUGGUGCUGAGGCAGGCCAAGGAGGAGGCCGAGGCCAAAUGGCGGGAGACGGAGAAGCGGGAAUUGAGCGGUGCGGAGAAGGCCUUCUUAGAGACGGGUUUCGCCAGAAACGGGGUCUCGUCGGUCGAAAGCUGCAUCAAGAACGGGCGUUGGCCGACCCUACCCGAAUUAUGCGAUUUCGUCGUCGAAGUGGUGUUCGUCUGA